AAGGAUUUCAUCAAAAUGGCGGCAACAAUUUGAAGGCAAGGUACUUCAAUAAUCACUAAACAGGGAACGAAAUGGACCCAAGAGGAGAUCAACCAUUAUCUACAUCGCACCGUCAAAGUUCAGAAUUUUACGCUGGCGAGUCAACAAUCAACUAUGUUUGGCAGUACUCUCAGCAGGGACACAGUUUUGAUCCAGAGGCAAUGAACAAGGCUGUUGAUAGCCAAAGGGACGUUCGAGGCCAGGGACAAAGGUCAGACAUGAGGCAUAUGUUUGGUCCUAUGCCACCAGAAGUAACUAAAGUGAGAGAGGAAAAUGUCAGCAGCACAUUUAAACGAAGAAGCCAUAUUCAGAAGUCACUUCAUCUGUUAGAUGAGGCCAUUGCCACUCCACGGCAACCACUGCAUACAGCAUCUUCUCUUUUGAGAACAGCUAACACUCCAACUCCACUUCGACAACAGGCAACUUCAACCUCACGACUCAGGCACAGUGCAUACACUCCAAGUGGUACUUCCUCAGUUGCAGACACUGAUCUUACUACUCAGGACAUUUCCUUUGCUAGUGAGGGAAUCCCUCAUGGACCAUUAUCAUCUCGACCACCACCAAUAUCUGGCUACACCACUCUGGGUUCACUAUCAUUUAUGGAAGACAGUGGAUUAAGCCAACCUUUAACACCCAGUAAACCACUUGCUCCUGCUGUUGAGGAUUUAGUACCUGGAAGUGUUGUGGAGUUAUCUCAAUUAACUGAAAAUGUCAGUAUUUUGACAGAAAAGGAUCCUGUGAUUGCAGCCAGUUCCAGCUUGUUUGAAGAAUUUAUGAGUGCCUUUACAUCCUUUCCUGACACAAGGCAUAUUUUUGAUGUGUUAGCCAGAUAUGAAAAGGCAUGUAGGCAGCAACUGCGAGUUCUUAACGGUUUGAUAAGACAAUCAACACCAGGAAAAGCCAAAUUUUCUAAACAAGCAGAUAUAUUAUACCUCAUUUCUCAAGAAAGUUACACUUGGAGACUUGUUGGCUCAUUAUACAGUGAUCGUCUUCAGAAUGGAAUAAGCGAUGAUGAAGCCAUGUUUACAAAUUUCGUGGGAAGAAACUGGAGUGAAAAGAAGAUUACGAAUAAUUUGUAUGAAAGAGAGGCCACUACUAGGCAAAACCAGAUUGUUGUUGACUGGUUAGAGAAGAAUGCAGAAGAUUGGUUGGAAAUCUUUCUGGAGACUGAUAAAGUGGAGUAUUUCUCAGAAUCAGUGUGUUGGGAGAACACUCUUCAUGCACUGCAGCAAGAAGGAAGAAAUCUGGGAAUGAGAAGACCUCUAGUGACAGAGAUGGACCCAGAUGCUCCUGUGAGACAGAACAGACCUUUGGCUGAUUUAGAUCAGGAAGAUGAAGCUAGGCUGCUGAAGCAUGUGUUUUCCUUGAUCAGGGCAGGCAAACUAGAGGAGGCUCAACGUUUGUGUGAAAAGUGCGGUCAGUCAUGGAGGGCAGCAACUCUUGAGGGAUGGAAACUAUGGCACGAUGCAAAUUUGGAUGGAGUUUCCAACAAUGAAACUCUCACAGCCACUGAAGGAAACCCAUUCAGAGAUGUGUGGAAAGCAGCUUGCUGGAAAAUGUCCCAAGAGAGCAAAUUUAGUGUGUAUGAAAGAGCUAUUUAUGCUGCACUCAGUGGCAACCUGAGCCAGAUUCUUCAAGUGUGUACAUCAUGGGAAGAUCACUUGUGGGCAUUUUAUAGAGUUAUGGUUGACGUCAGGGUGGAGCAGGAAAUACGCCUCCAUCCUAGGCCUGACAGAGAAAUGGAGAAUUUACCGUCUCUUUUCUGGGAUCAGACGUUGAAUCCAGAGAAAAUAUUCGAAGAACUUCAGGCUUGUCCAAAAGAGUCCAUCAGACAUCAAGCAAAGGAAUUCCAUCAUGUCAUGCAGAAGCAUAUCAUACUUAACGAUACAAAUGGUUUGAUAGAAAAUAUGCACAGCUGGCUGGAAAAGGAAGAUAAACCACGUACUCAGAUAUUACGUUUCAUGGCUCAUCUAGUUUUGUUUCUGAGAUCAGCUGGAAUUGAAUCAGAGACUGAUCUGGAGCAGUGCGUUUCCAUCUUAAAAGCUUAUGUCCAGGCUUUGAUUGACGAGAAACAAACUGACCUUGUGGCGACGUACACCGCUACUCUUCCUCCAGAAAUCCAAACAGAAACCUAUGCAUAUUUUUUGGAAGAUAUAGUUGACAUGAAACAGAGGCAGAAAUGUCUGGAGUUAGCGAGCAGCGCUGGUCUUGAUGUUCCAUUGAUAACCAAGACAGUCGUGGAGAGUAUCAGAGGAAAGGAUGAUUUUAAGGUAGACAGAGACACAUCACCUGCUCUGGAGGCUGCUACUUCAAAUGAGGACCGCAAAAAGAUAGAAGCCAUUGAAUGGCUGGUGUUUGAUCCAUCCCAGCGAAGUGAAGCUUUGAAACAAAGUAACGCCAUCAUGCGCUGCUUUAUUGCCACGAGAAAGCACGCCGCAGCACGUGAAGUUUUUCAGAGGGUUCCAGCUGACUCCAUUCACGUGAUUCAUAAAGAGUGGCAAGUUAGGGGUGGAACUAGCGCGUUACCUGCUGGUGAUGACAAUGCCAUACGUGAAUAUCUGUGCAUCAAAGCUUACUUGGAGGCACUGGAUGCAUUUAAUGAUUGGUUUCAGCAUUUUCAUCACAGCGUCCCACCAAAGCCACGCCACGAAGGUCACGCUAAUUUCACGGAGAAGGUGGCAUACGAGCAGCAGCUUAAACAGUACGAGGUGGAAUUUGGAAGAUGGAAGAACUCACUUGACAUUCAUACAAAGGCCACAGUGGAAAAAAUUUACAACGUUCUUCUAUUCCCUGAUGGAGGCUGGAUGGUAGAUCACAGAGCGGACGACGAGGAAGAUUCAAACCGCACUCAUCAACUAGAGUUGCUAAGACAGCUUUGCAUUCCACUCGUCUGUUACCUGCUUCAUAACGUGCUUCACUCAACACGACAGUACAAACAGUGUUUGCAACUCGCUGAUGUUAUUACCUCAGAACAAUACCAGCUUUAUGAGGUAUUCAGGAAAGACGAGCUACAGAAGAUGCUAUCGCUAUUCAGGGAAACAUCGUUAGCAUUGCUGGGAAAUAAUCUGGAUCCUCUCGGCUAUGAAAUGCCGGCACAAAGUAACAAGUGAACAAAUAAACUGUCGUGUAUUGUAAAGGAACACUGAGAAAGUAAACAUUCGAUGACGAGUAGAGAGUGACAAUGCACUAUGAAGCUGUAGUGGUUACAGAUUUCCUGGGUAUGUCGACUCGUACUUAUUUUGUACAAAAAAAUGUUGAGGAAUUACUUUUGUUCUGAACGUUCCUCUUAACGUUGUCAUAUGUGACUAAGAUGGACGAUCUGAUUUAAAGAAACUUAUUCCACUUAAUUUAGUGAAGUUCUCUAUUUUCUCUCAAAUUUCAAAUAUGAAGACGCUAAAAUCAAUGGUGUUUGCCUGGCAUGAUG